CUUAAAGUAUUUUCAACUCAAACAAUGUCAGGGGAGUAUUCUCAGUUCUCUUAAUUUGUAUCAAUGAGUGAUGCUAAUUUUUAAAUGAAUAUAUAUAUUUAUUGUAUCGUGUAUUUGAGUAUCUUGUGGAUAGAAAAAAUAGAAUCUUAGAAUUACUGAAAGUUUAGCACAGAUAAUGGUUAAAAUAUUAACACUUUGAAGAAUAUUAGCAAAUUAUAUUUCAAUGUCGGAGGCAACAACACACAAAGAAUAUAUUGUUAAACACCAAAGAGAUCAAGAAUGCAAAAAUUGUUUCAACUAAAACUAAAAAUUGGAAAAUCUGAGAAUUUUACACAAAAAUCUCAAAAGUCAAUAGAAAACGACAUUAAAUUGUAUUCCCGCAACAUCAGCAGCAUCAGAACGAGCAUUUUCACAGGCUGGAAAUAUAAUUACAGAACAACGAUCGAGGUUGAACCCAGAAACUAAUGCCCAAUACAACAAAUACUGAACCAUGAGGAGCAUAUCAUUGACUUUUCUGGUAUUGUUGCUGUUAACUGAUGUUUUAGAUGUGAUGAGUUCCAGUGAAAAUAAAAGAAAAGAAUACGCUUAUUUCGACAUAGAUCAUACAACUGCUGUAACCCAAACAUUUGAAACUGACAAAGAGCUCGCUCUUUUACACGAUAAUUUAAAUCAAGGAACAAGGGUCCUGGAAAGGGGUUCAUAUUUCGAUACAUCAGCAUCAAGAAAUGUAACUGCACUUGUUGGAAAAACUGCUAGUUUGAACUGUAGAAUAAAAAAUCUUGGAAAUAAAACGGUCUCAUGGAUAAGGCACAGGGAUCUUCAUUUACUUACAGUUGUAGAAAACACAUAUACUUCGGAUCAACGAUUUACAAGUAGUCAUAAUAAACAAACCGGAGAUUGGUCCUUACAGCUGAAGUAUGCUCAAAUUCGGGAUUCUGGUGUUUAUGAGUGCCAAGUUUCAACAACACCUCCAGUAGGAUAUACAAUGGUUCUGUCCAUUGUCGAACCCAUUACAAGCAUUCACGGAGGUCCAGAUUUGUAUAUAGACACAGGGUCCACCGUUAAUCUCACAUGCAUUGUCAAACAUUUACCCGAGCCACCACCACUGGUGAGGUGGACACACAACAAUGAGGAAAUAAAUUACGAUUCGGCCAGGGGUGGUGUAUCGGUGAUAACCGAAAAAGGAGAUAUAACCACCUCGUACCUAUUGAUUCAGAAGGCCCGGAUAUCAGAUUCGGGAGUUUACACCUGCUCUCCAUCAUCAGCCAACCCUAAGUCUGUGAAUGUUCACGUUCUUUAUGGCGAACAACCUGCAGCAAUACAAAGGGGAACAAGGAUAUUAUUAAGAAACAGAAUAUUAAUAUUUAUAUCAUUAUUUCUCGGUUCAAAAUUUAAUUAAAUACCUAUUAAUAAAUAAAUAAAUUACAAUACAA